UCUGACAUUGUGAGAUGUGUGUAUAUUCUAUAUUUAUCAGACAUUUUUUUUUAAUGCAAUUUUGUGAAUUUAAGUUGCUCAACAACCUUAACACAAUUAAAAAAAAAAUUUUAAUUUCUUUUGUGAGAUUGUUUAUCUAAUCUUUACGAUAUCUCAUCGCCAAGAUUAUAUUUUUGUAAAAAUGCGUAUCGAUUAUGAGUGGCAAACCCUCGAACAUUGGCUCGCGCGGCAACCGCGCCAAAUGGAUACCGAGUUGCCGCGCAAGAUAACUUUUUUGUUGUCGCACUCGAACAUGCCGCGUGGCGAGCCAAAUUAUGUCGGAAAAUAGCACGCGGCAUAGAAGUUUUAGUUAGUUGCUCGCGAGCAGUUGGGAUGGUCAAUAACACUUCAAAUUCGCUCGCGAGGCAAUACGACAUUUUUGCUACCACCAUGGACAACGAAAAGUGUCGUGUCUUAAUACAAUUGUAUGGUGCUAAAGAUUUUCUAUGGAAUAGUAAAUCUCAACUUUAUCACAAUAAGUCGAUGAGGGAAGAUGCUUGCAAUGAAAUAAGUUCAGUAAUGAGCAUACCUGUUCCAGAACUGAAGAAGAAAAUGACAACUCUUCAGGCAUCAUAUAGAAGAGAGAAAUCAAGAAUAGCUAAAAGUCUAAUUACUGGUUCCGGUACACAUCAAGUUUACGUAUCGAAGUGGUUUGCUUUUGACAACUUUGGUUUUAUGAAAGACAAAGCCGUACCUAAUGAAACAUCCGAAACGAUGCCGGAAGAUAUAUUAACAACUCAAAAUGUGAUAACAUUUGAAAAUAAUGAUGUAGAACCAAACGCACCAUCAGCUACGGACAGUACUGAUAAACAUGUAGAAAAACCAACAGAUAUUUACAAAGCUACGAAUAUUCCUACAGUUAAAAAUAUUAAAAGAAAAAAAAAUACUGAAGAGUCACCUAUGUUGAAAAAAGCAUUUCAAAUUCUAAAUGAAAUAUCAUUGUCCACCGACUCAUAUUCCACUUACGGCCAGCACAUAGCAAACGAACUCCGUAAAUAUGAUCAACGAACUUUAAUUUACGUGAAAAAUGCAAUCAACAAUGUGAUAUUUCAAGCUGAUUUGGGCUGUUACAGUCCUAAUUAUGGACAUGGUAACUACUACAAUACUACUCAAAACUCAACACCGUCUCCUCAGACCCCAAUUCCAUCUCCUUAGACACCAGUUUCUUCUCCUCAGACUCCAGUUCCAUCUCCUCAGUCCCCAGUUCCAUCUCUCCAGCCACCAGUUCCGUCUCCUUAGCCACCAGUUUCCUCUCCACAGCCAAUAGUUCAAUUUCCUUUACAGUCAACUUCAUCAAACUCCUGUGACAAUGAAGAUUUGGAAUGGAUUCUUAACUAAUUAAAGUGAAUGAUUUUUUUUUCUAAGUUGAAAGUUUUUAUUAAAAAAGGUUAUUUUAUUGUUAUUAGCGAUUACAAUAAAUGGUAAAACGUGUAAAUUAAAACUGUUUAUUAUUUCUUACCUUUACCCAAUCUUUCAGAACAUUACACAACGCGUCGCAAACUUCUGGAACUAUUCGUGAAAUUGAUUGUUUUGAUACUCGAAAAAGAUAUUGCAGGCUUGUAUACGAAUCUUCAAUUUCUAGAAAUCUU